UAGUCUGACGUUCAGUUCGAUUUCAGCACCACCGCCGUCAAAAGAAAGUUAAGAUAGUCGUUAAUUGGUGGAGUUAAAAGUAUCAGAACAAGAAAACCGGAAUUCAGAAACUUUGGCUACAACAUCAAGAUGCCUGGAACAGCUCGCAAUGCAUCAGGGGUGGGGCGUUUCCCCGGCGUCACCUUUAGCAACGGGGAUGCUGCCCCCGAGAAAGAGAAGGUGAUGAAUGAGAAGGAGCCGGAGGAGGGGGGCUGUCGCCAGUGGCUGAGAAGGAUCUGCCCGUGCUGCUGCCGCCAGAAGAGCACCUCGUACGAAGUCACGCCAGGCGCCCACAACGAGGUGGACGCCAAAGAGGAGGAGAAGCCGACACCGCUGCCUGAACCAGCCCUGCCCCAGACCGGAGAUAAGGAGAUGGAGGAGCUGCAGUUGGCGGUUCGCUCUGUGGACCUGCACAGCUCCAAGUGUGGCCAGAAUCGCACUGAGCAUCACACCGACCAGUACCACGGAGAUGAAUUGAUCGUGCGCCGCGGCCAGACCUUCCAGAUGGAGAUUGACCUCUCGCGACCCUUCAACGAGAACACAGACAAGCUGCACCUAGAGCUCAAGACAGGGCCCUUACCGCUGGUCUCCAAGGGAACGCACGUCAUCAUCCCAUUGGUAGAUGAUCUGGAGGAUGAGUGCUGGGAGGCCAAGAUCGUUGAGCAAAAUGGCAACAGGAUCAAGCUGUCUGUCAACUCCCCAGCCAAAGCUCUGAUUGGCAAGUACAGCAUCGCCGUGGCAACACGAGGCCCGGAAGAGGAGGUGGUCACCAUGUAUGACCCCAACAAAGUCAUCUACAUGCUCUUCAACCCCUGGCGUGAAGAGGACAUCGUGUACAUGGACAGCGACGAGGAGAGGAACGAGUACGUGCUGAAUGACACUGGAAGGAUCUACUACGGCACGGAGAAACAGAUUGGUGCUCGCACCUGGAACUUUGGACAGUUUGAUAAGGACAUCCUGGAGGCCUGCAUCUACAUUCUGGAGAAGAGUGAUGUGUUGCCGUCUGGCAGAGGAAACCCUGUCAAUGUGGUCAGAGUCAUAUCUGCUAUGAUUAAUUCUCCGGAUGACUUGGGCGUUCUAGAGGGGAACUGGUCAGGGAACUACGUGGGCGGAACGUCUCCCACCGCUUGGAGUGGCAGUGUGGACAUCCUGAGGAAGUACUACCACGGGGGAGGGGCGCCCGUCAAAUAUGGCCAGUGCUGGGUCUUCUCCGGAGUCACUACAACGGUGCUCAGGUGUCUGGGAAUACCCGCGCGCAGCGUGACCAACUUUCAGUCCGCACACGACACCGACGUCUCCCUGACGACCGACGUGUACUUUGAUGAGAACAUGGAGCCUAUCGACUACCUCAACUCUGACUCUGUGUGGAACUUCCACGUGUGGAACGACUGCUGGAUGGCUCGCCCGGACCUGCCCCCCGGCAUGGGCGGAUGGCAGGCUGUGGACUCCACACCCCAGGAGACCAGCCAGGGCACCUUCCGCUGUGGCCCAGCCUCCGUCACCGCCAUCCGCACCGGCCAGGUGUACCUCAAGCAUGACACGCCCUUCGUCUUUGCUGAGAUCCUCCUUUAUCUGUGUGCAUCAGGCUCAGAAGAGGAGCGCAUUGCAGUGGAGACCGCCAGUCGGUAUGGCACCAAGCCGCACGUCUACUCAUCACCCGUAGCGGAGGACGUGAGCGUGGAGGUGAAGCUGGAAGGUGAGGGUCCUCGCAUGGGGGCCGAUGCACAGCUCACUAUCGUGGUGACCAACCUGAGUGCGCAGCCCCGCAGUACCAACCUUCACAGCCAGGUGGCGGUCAUGUACUACACUGGCGUGCUGAAGAGCACAGUGAAGAAGGACAAGCUGCCUGUGGAGCUCAUGCCUAAUGAAGUGAAGACCAUCAACUGGGUCCUGCCCUUCCAGCACUACCAGGACCAGCUGGUGGACCAGGCAGCGCUGAUGCUGACCGUGUCGGGUCGGGUCUCGGAGACCAAACAGGUGCUGGCCUCUCAGACCAGCUUCCGACUCCGCACACCUGACAUCAACAUCAAGCCUGAGGGGGAGGCAGUGGUGGGGAAGGAGAUGUCAGCCAAGAUCACCUUCACCAACCCUCUGCCGUCCACGCUGCGUAACGUGGUCCUGCGUGUGGAGGGCCUGGGGCUGAGAGACCUGCACCCCAUCCAGAUCGGUGACGUGGGCCGCCACUCCACGGUGACGGUGACGGAGCACUUCAUCCCUUCGCUGCCGGGGAGCAGGAAGCUGGUGGCGGCGCUUGACUGCAAGCAGCUCACCCAGGUGCACGGCGUUGCCGACAUCCAGGUGACGGAGAACCUGUGAACCUGUCGUCAUGCCACUGUGCCUCUCCCACAGACACCAGACCUCUCAUCUAUGCCCUCUCCCACCUGCCCACUCCACCCCUCAGCGUAUGCACAGUAUUGAAGUUUGAAGGUCUGUUUAGGGUCUACCUCUCUCAAUCUAGUCUGUUUUUUUAUACACUCCCAUUGUGUGAACUUGGAAGAUGGAAGUAGUCCUCGAAAGUUAACUGAAGUUCAGUGUUUGGUGAUUAAGUCACAUUCUCCAUUACAUUCUGUUUUUAAACAUGACACAGGACCAGCCUUUACUAGCCUUGUAUAGUCAGGUGGACAGUAUAAUUGCCCACAUCAUUAAUAGAAUCUGAAUUUUGAAACAGAUGACAUUUUAAAAUAGCAUUUAGGACUAACAUUUUUGCCUAAAGUUGCAGGGAUAUUUGGGGAUCUGGGGUGGGUGCUUAGUGGAAUAAAAACCUGUAGACUGAGUCAUUUACAGAAUGUGAACCCUCAUCAAGUAUUGCCAAAGGAAAGUCUGGUCGACUAGUUGAGACCAAUCCCUGUCUUUUACCUGAAUAAACAUGGAACCAUUAUGUAGUUAUAGCAGUUUAACAAGCAUUUCAACUAUUGUAGGUGACACAGAAACACUUUGUCACCAUCUACUAGAGAAUUAUUUUAUUGUUUUAUUUGUGUAAUAUUAAGCUCCAGUUGUACCACUGAGCUGUCAUCCUGUAUCCAUAUGCAAUUUCCAUUUUGAUACAUCUUUAAUGAACGUAAAACAAAGUGCCCUUUCAGCACGCCUUCAAUGUAAUUAUCUGAUUGUCUUGUAGAUGUUUUAUAUAUGAUUAUUACAAAGCAAUAUGACAGAUGACCUGACUGGACGUUUACAAUAGGUGAUUAAAUAGCAACCUAAAAUAGCUUUCUCUCAAUGAAAGAAAAAAUAUUCCAAGUGCUAUGCACGUCUGCAUUUCAAACCAUCUAGUGUUGCCACUUUUGUACUGACAAAGUGUAUGUAACCCUGUGCACUAUACCAAAUGUAUGAAAUUAGAUAUUUGCUCUUAUGUAGCCCACAUGAUCAAAGCCUUAUGAUGCCACAGAAAUCCAUGGUGAAGACUUUAUGUCAGGAUCACAGUAUUAAGCACAUAUUGUACCAUUUGCAACCAACUGGUUGGCAAUAUCUAAAAGUUUGUAAUUUGUCCUGCACUUAAAAAGGUUAUAUGAAGAAAAGCAUACUGUAGUUGUGUCAUACAAUUAUUAUUUAUCUAUGUGUUUACAUUAUUGUUGUUUGUCAGAUGCUGUAUUUUGUUGCUAAUAAAACAAAAUGUAAGGAGA